CGUCGUUCUCCGCAACGGCGUAAGUAACACAGCUGGAGUACUUACGCGCGUAUACAACUUGAACUCGACUACGUACCACCUCUUACGCGUAGCGCAUCUUUCAAGACGCCAUCAUGGGUGUGGGUAGCUCUAAUAUGAGCAGUACAUGUGUAAUUCGUGAGGUCGCGAAAGACGUUUGGACGUUUUCGUGUCCAUUCUCCCGCUUUGGUAUCCUGCCGGUUGGGGGUCGGUCGACCGCCGUGAAAUUGUCUAACGGUGAUGUGUGGGUCAUGGCUUCGACCCCACUGACGACCGAGACGAAAGCCAAACUGGACGAACUUGGGCCAGUCAGGUGGAUUGUCGGAGCUGACGCCGUCCAUCAUAUGUUCCUCGGAGAGUUUAAGAAGGAGUAUCCCGAGGCGAAGCUGCUCGCGGUUGACGAGGCAGUCAAGAAGAAGUCCAAAGAGGGCCUUGAAUUCCACGGAGUCUGGGGCACGGAUCCAAGAGACGCUCAGUAUGGAUUUGAAAAGGAUAUCCAACAUUGCUUCUUCUCUGGCUUCGCGAACCGUGAUACGGCUUUCGUCCAUCCCGCCUCGAAGACACUGAUAGUGGCGGACCUUCUCUUCAACCUCCCAGCCACAGAACAGUACUCGAAGACGUCGUCAUCGGGCAAGUUCCCCAUCUUCGGAUCUCUGAAUCCCUACAUGGGGAUACACAAGCGGUUCGCCUGGUACCUAGGCGUAGACAAGGAGGAUAUGAAACGCGACGUCAAGACUGUUGCAAGUUGGGACUUUGACCGCAUCAUUCCGUGCCACGGCGAUGUUAUUGAGAAGGAUGGACACAGAGCGUGGUGUGAAGCGUACAAGUGGUAUCUCGAUGCGGACAAGAAGGCCUGACGUGCUGGUAUCGUGUGGUCAAUCAGUUGCGCCUCGACUUGAUUGUUUCCUAGGUCUACGUUAUCUAAGUGGUGAUUCUGUGGGUUUCCGAUUGUAUGUGGUCUAUAAUCUUCCGACUCUAUGUAGAUACUGCUUUGUAACGAUCGGGCGACGCCACUUCAUUGCGACAUGGCGCGCUCGCAGUUACAGGAUGCGCUUGCGAUUCCGGCGUGACAU